CUUCGCUUCUCCCUAGUCUGGUAAAGUCACAGGAGGAGAGACUGCACCGAUUCGGAACACCAUGGCAAAGUUCCUGUCACACGAUCAGAUAAACGAGUUCAAAGAGUGCUUCUCCCUGUAUGACAAAAAGUGUCAUGGCCGUAUCAAGGCCAAAGACCUGCUGACUGUGAUGAGGAGUCUGGGAACCAGCCCCACCUUCAGUGAAGUGGACCGACACUUGCAGAUCCAGAGAAUCGACAGGAAUGGCGAGCUGGACUUCUCCACGUUCCUGAGCAUCAUGCACCGGCAGCAGCAGCAGGAGGAGCCGAGCGCUGAGAUCCUGGAGGCCAUGAGGAUGAUUGACAGACAGAGGCGGGGCUACAUCCCUGCCGCCGAACUCCGAGCCAAACUCACUAGUUUGGGGGAGAAACUAACUCAUCAGGAGGUGGAUGAGCUGUUCAGGACUGCAGGAGUGGCUUCAGAUGGCUUCAUCCACUAUGAGGAGUUCGCCAGAACCAUGGCCCACCCACCCCUGCCAUCCAGCAAACGCUGAGAAAAGCUGAGCCCCGAGAGAAUUAUACACUUACAUGUUCUCAUAGUUAUGGGACAUAUACAUUUAGUUAUAUACAUGUAUGUAGGCAUGUUCUCACAGUUAUGGGAUAUAUACAUGGUCUCAUAGUUAUGGGACAUAUACAUUUAGUUAGAGUGCUACUGUUAUCUGUUAUAUUAUUAUUAUUAUUAUAGGUUCUGAUAUUAUUCUUCUAACGCUUUUUGUGCAUCUAAUUCAGCUUCAACCGUUUAACGUAGAAACUGCGUAGGUCUUACUUAGGUGACUUGAGCUAUGUAUUUUUCAACUUUGUAACUUUUAUACUUUUUGAACUAUUCAUGGGUUUCAUCAGGUCCCUUUCCACAGGUGUAUUAAUCAAGCACCAUGCA